GCCUGCUGAUGACGUCCAAGUCCACUUGGAUGCAAGGGAAGAAAAGUCUGAAGCCAGAAGUUCCACACUGGAAACGGUCCUUUCGUCGUUGUGCCCGUACCACAAGACUUUGCUGUAUCAGAUUCUGAAGUGCAUGCGUGAAUAUUACAGCACCUCCUCCGCCCACAGAUACAAAAAUGCCCACGGACUCUUUGCACAAACCGACGGUCCGUUGUGCUGCCAUUUGUCAGGCAACCUGCACCGGGACCUGUGCGGUUUCGGUGACUACAAGGUGUCGAACGGGUGCUAUGUACCGACCUGUCGGGUUAACUCCCUCCCUGUAGCCCCGGUCUGCAUCUGCCUGAAGAACUUUCACUGUUUGUCGUGUCAGAGCAUUGCUAUUGGCUGCAUUAACGGCGUAGUUGGCCCCAGCUCCUGUGGUUGCUUCCCUCGUCAUCAUAGGAUUCCGUGUUCUUGCCAGAACUACAUUGAUGGUGCGUAUGUCACUCCUGUUGGAAAUGUAGCAAGUGCCCCAUUUGGUCCUCAGCAUGUCCGUGAUCCGUACCGUUCUUGUACCAAGGGGGGGUGCAGUCCUUCCCCACCCCCACUUUCACCAAUACCAUCUGAUGUCAGUGGGAAAAUAAGUGACAAAACAUUUGUGUGCUCUUUCGCGGAUGGCAAGACUUGCAGUAGCCAACCUCCAUCUCUCUUUCCAUUUGAAGAGGAGGGUGAUGCACUUUCUCACAAAGACUGUUUAAGUAAAGGAAAGGAUGUAAGCGAAGAAGAGACCGGAAGCCAGAAAGACAAUGGCAAAGGCACUGACUGUUGCACAGAGACUUGCAGGUGUCUUGAACAAAGACAGAGUGGAACUAUCAUCCACGAUCUUAUGGAGCGUAUCAACGAGAAGCUGAAGACGAUUGAACCACUGGAGAAACAGCAGAACAUAAUCACCACUGUCAAAAAAAGCUUGGAGUGCAGUGAUGAUGUGCAUGUAGGGAAAAUAACAACUACAGUUUUACAUAAUGACAGUGACCAUGAUUACACCAUAAAGGAGCUUCCUUGCCAACCUAAGGCAAUUGUUGAGAACAAACCUAUGCAGACACCUUUCUGUAGAGGGCAGAUUACCGAAAACCAUAACUUGCUGUGCCUGGAGUUUCCCUCAUCAUCUUGUCAAAGUGAAGAAAGGAAACAAAGUCUUUCUAAUCUUAGUCAAUCACUUGAGAGGAGAAAGGAGACUUUGGAGGAAAGCAGAAAUCCAAAUGUAAGAAUUGAGGAAGACAUACAUUUCUCUGGCUUCCAACCCAUUCCUAAUAGGUCAGAUGUGGAGGGCGUUUCUGAAGAUGUGGAUAUUGAAGUUACUAAAGACAUUUGUGACAAUCAAAUCUCUAAAGGAGUCAACACUGAGCUGCCGCUUUGCACACCUGAAAACACGGGAGAUGCACAGAAAAUAGAAGACAGAACCGCGGAGGACUGUGCAAUAUCUAUGAAUGGUCUGCCUCUUGGAAGUCCUGAACCAAGUACUGAAAAACAAGCUUUCCCUCCUCGCUCAAGCAAUUGUAGUGAUUUAGGCAGAUCCAGAAGAAACAUUGUUCCUCCAGCAAGAUUUUCCUCAUAUGUUACAGAGCCCAGAAAGAUGUACUUUGCUGCCUGUUUUUCAGAAAGCUUUUUCAUUCCAAGAGCAUCCAAAGAUAAGGCUUUAAAGGGCACAGACAGUGAAAAUCCUUCCCCAGAAAUGGAAAGGGAUGAAUCCUCCACAGAACCAGUCAUUAGGGAACCCUCCGAUACUGCAUCUAAUAUCAAAAAGCUGGAUGAAGACGAGCAAGACCUUGACAAACCAAACGAGAUUAAACUAGUGACGACUACAUCGCGAACAAGAAACCAGUCCAUUUUAGCGGGGGAAAAGACUGUUGUAGAGAGUGGAACUAAAUGGGUUUCUCCAAGAAGAGCAAAGCGACAUGAGGUUUCCAGAUCACACGCAAGGUCAAAGUCUUCUGACACUCACAGCGAUGAUCCUGACUCCCGCAUGCAAAGCAACGAUUCACCAGAAGAUACUCACACUAUCGAAAAUCCAUCCGUCUCCAGCGAAUGCCAUUCGGUUCCCCAGUACACAAGUCCCAUUCGCCUGAUGUUCGUUUGUCCCGUGGCUUGUGAGAACGGAAUCCGGUACACGCUCAAGUCUGCGUUUCCCGGUUCCACCAGUGACGGCGAGACGUUUGAUCCCUGCGAGGAGUCGUCGUGGGGAGGAACGGUAAAUACCCCCGUCAAAGAGACGGCACCCCGGGAAUCCUGUGUUACUCGGGAUGAGAACGGCUUGCACAAGAGGCCGGUGGCUACUGAUGACGCAUCAAGAGCUGAUCCUUUAAAGGAUAGCCAAGAAAAUGAGAAAGAGGUCUGUCCCAUAGUUCCUGAAGUUGCUUCAUCUCCUCUGAAAAGAAAGCCUGGCCGUCCCAAGAAACUCGGUCCGCAAAUUGAAAAGCGGGCAAAGAGGCCAAUAGGUAGGCCGCCAAAACUCAAAGAUACGAAUUCCACGUGCAGUGAUGAUAAGGGAAACACUAAGAGCAUAAACAAUGACCCUGCGGCCAUUUUGUGUGAAGACAAAGAUGCAAGGACAAACAAAAACCUAAAAAUCACUGUAGUUUAUGGAAGAUCAAGGAGAAUAAAGAGACUUGUGUCAGAAGAUGAUGGAAGUUUAAGAAAAGACCAAACUGAACACCAAGAUGAUGGCAGACAGAAAUGUGACCUAAAUGGUAAUGUACUGGCAUUAAGCGCAAAUGACUCCUCUGAAAAAUUACCAGAAGAACAAGCCAAGAAUUUCAAUUUUGUUGGUCCUAUGAAUGACAGAAAAUGUUUGCCACCUCCAAGCACUGAGCUCAAAUGUCAGAAACAAAAGCGUUGCGUUGCAAUGAGAAAGCCAGGGAGACCUCCAAAGGUUAAGAUUUCAGGCAUCUCUGUGACUGUUACCACAGUGUCCCCAAAGCAACGAAAGAUUCGUAUCAACGGCGAGAUCACAGAAUCGGACAGGGAACAGUCUCAACUGGAAAGCACUGUUAUCUUGGAUGAUAAACCCUCCAAAGAGCAGACGACAAUCAGUUCUGAUGCCACUCAUGAAGAAACGACACAGAACACGGAGGAUGGAAGAAUGAGCAAAAAGACACCCGUAGUACCCCUAAGACAUUCGGCUAGAGAAAGGAAACCUUCGAUUCAUUUACUGCACUCGGUUGCUACAUCCAGGACAUUUAGUCACAGCAAUGCGCUGUUGCGUCGUUCUAGAAAGCUACUGUUAAACAAAGCGAGCAGCGAGCCAAACCAGAUAAAGAGUCUGGAGAAGUCAACUGGAGAAGCCCCAGUAAUUCCAGAAAGGGCUUCGAGAAAUCGACGAGGGCAAGACUUGAGCUUUUUGUCGGGAAUCUCGGCGGAUUCGAUUUUUGCAUCAAACGAGGCUCUAAAGUGGUGGCCUACCUCAGCUUCAUAUGAAACACUGAAUGAGGAGUUGACCAGGAGAAUUCAACUCAUGUCAGACACUUGGAUUACGGAUGCUGUGGUAUCGAGCAAGUCAUGCCCCACAGAAAGGGAGACUGAUCUCAGAGAAAGAACAUGCUCCGCAGCGAAUGACCUUCCAAAGAACUCCGUUUCUGCUGUCAAAAUGCUGUUUCAGAAGCACUGUAAUAUGGAGGAUCUGUGUGCUUGGUUCAUGCAGACCACAGAGACCCAGUCACUGGCAAUAGUAAGAAAGGCGAGCGCCCGGAAUCCGUAUGAAAUCAUCCAGUUUAAUCCCAACAGAGUUUCGAAAAGGGGCAAUGUUUGCCCAAGUCCUCAGGCAGAGCGUUUGAGGAAGCAUGUUAAAAAAUUUGCAAAAAUUGUCCCAAAGAGUCCAGUGAUGCACCUUCAAGCACAGGAGAGGAUUAGCAGGAGUGGGAGACUGCACGUCAAGAGAAGGCUCUUUCCCAAGAGAUCAAGUGCCAUUGCUGGGGUUGUUUAUAAAUGGUGCUUGUGGUCCAGAGGCAAACCCUUCAGUAAAUAUCAAAGCACCCUGCUGAGAGUAAAAUCAAAGUUCAUGACCAGAAAGAGAUUGGCAAAGGCCACUGAAAGGAGGUCUGACAGAGCUUCCUCUGGUGCCCUCCGUAAAAAUGCAGUGACUCCUGCAAAAGUGUCCCUGCUCCAAGUAUGCCGGGCGUCAUCUGUGGACACGGGGUGUCGUUCUCCGAGUUCAUCCAUCCUCGGAGAAAGAGAAUCCGCGGCCCAGCAGGUGCAAAACUCCAAGGGAACAACUCGAUGCGGAUCGCAGGAAUGGAGCCCAGGAACAAUGAGGGAAUGUAGGGUAUUCCUCAAAAAGAUUAACUCCCCAGAAACGAAACCCACAGUUGAAGAAUGUAACUCGUGCACAGUUCAGCUCCGUGACAUUUCGUCUUCUGACUGCGGUUUGCCUGCGAGCACGGACCGCGGCGAAGGGAAACCCGAGCCCGUUAAACCCGAGAAUGUGAGAAACGAGAGAGUGAGGCGAACUACCCGGAAGGUGUCUUCACAGUACCCCGAGGAACUGUGGGUUCAGACCACGGAAAGGAAAGGAAAACGGAAAAGCAGUGACUCAAGUCAGGCACAACCUGCAAAAAAAGGCAAGACAAUCUGAGUGGGAAAGACCUACUGGAAGGAAAUUGUGUGAUGCAGUGCCAGGAAGCAUCAAAAAAAUGGUAUUGCCUCUCAGUGAGGUAUGUUCUGCAAGAUGAUUCAAGUUUUGAUACGACGUGCCUUCAAAUUGUCAGCUAGCUGAAAAAACUGACAGUAGUAUCUCAGUAAGCGUCAUGUAGCAUAAAUCUAAUGGUAACGUACGGUUGCACUAUUUUGUAACGUUUUUGUUUUUCAUAAUUUUAUGUCUGUAAAAACAAAAUAUAUAUAUAUAUAGUUAUUGUUAAACGUUACUUAUCCGUUAAGAUACCACAAAGCAGCAACAUUUUGAGGUAUUCUUCAAAAGUAUUCCCCUACAUUUUGUAUUUAAGGAAUGACCAUGUUUCAUGAAGGAAAAAUGUGCGGUGUAUCAUUUGGCAUACUUUAGGCAUACAUCCAGGUUCUUAAAAACCUACUUGCUCUAAAUCAUAGCAUCAUGAGGGAUGUGCCACCUAGCAUACAUGAGGCUGAACCAACCACAAGGUGAAUCAUUCUGGACUUCCAAAUGUACCGGUAUGUUCUGCACUCGGUCUGACCAAAAUACAGUCCGAGGCCAAUCGUUUAUGAGUACAUGCAUUGCAUGAAAUGGCUAAAUUAAUCAAAGGUAUGCUGCAAGUUCUUGUUUCCUUUGUUUUCUGAUAUGAAGCAUUAAUUAUUAUUUGAAUGGUUCUGAAAGCUCCUGUACCCAGCUGACCUUCCUGGAUGUUUUUCACCCCCUUCCAAAGCAUUAGUGUAUUCCGAAAUGUUGAACACGAGUACUUUCUGCACUAUUCAAAUUUAAGAUUAACCGUUAGUUCUCACUACCACCCAUGUAGUGUCCAAUAUGUUAUAGGUGCAAUAUCUUGAGUUUUCUUCUUUUUUUUUUAAGCCAGAUGUAAAUAUCAUUAUUUGUACCAUUUUUAUUAAAGAUUAUAGCAUUUUUAUGAAGCCAAUCACUUUACUAAAUGCUGUUGCUGUGCUGUUUUUCUGUUUUAUGAAUUAUCCUACGGCUGUUUAUUCCACCCAUUCUUUGCUGCAGUAUAAUAACCUACCUCUUAAAACAUCAUCCAAAAACCUUGAAGAAAUUGGAUUCCAAAAUGAACAUUUGGAUGUAGCUUGUCUGUGAUUGGAUGACCAUACUGUAAUUAGAUGGUCCUCUUGAAGCUGUAACUUAAGCAUUUCUCAAUGAAUCAGACAAAAAAAAAAAGCUACAUCAAGAACUGCAGAUCUGGGGUUCAGUAUCAAAUUGUCUUGAUCUUAUCAGUCAUUAAGAAUCUUUUCACUUCUAUCAGUGUAGAUUUCAAUGGAUAAAAAAAGUAAACGACAACUCCUUUUGUCUCUACGAUUUUGUGAAAUGCAUGUUGUUUGUACAGAGCUGACGCAUUGCUUUGAGAUUUUCUUUAUCGCAAUAUUUUUUUUAAAUUGUUGCUCAAUGUUCACAGCUCCUCGUGUUUUUUAAAACCCCCACUUAGAACGCCACUAUUUAGGUUUACCUUUUCAUCUUUCACACUGCACACUCAAGACCCAAGAAUCGAUCUGAAUUUUAUCAGUCCGAUCUCUGCCCUUGGUUUAAUUACUGUACAUAUAUGUGGAAGCCAAAAGUCAGAACCCUGCCUUUAAAAAAAAAAAAAAUACAUUUUAAUGCACCAUGUUAACUGACCACACCCAGGGAUGGUGUUUAGAAUACACAUACCCAAGACACACCAUGCAAUUGGCCCUGGCAAGGAAUUGACCUAAAAGUGUGUAGCUAGUGUACUAUAGAGGACACUGUUUCAUCAACCUGCAAUACGCUCUUAGAAUUUGACAAAGGUAUUGCAUCUUUCACAGCCAACUGACCUUUUGUCUAAAUGUUGUGUAUCUGUAUAUGGUAAUCAUCCAAAGCAUUCAUGUAUUUGCACGGUUAAGAUGAUAAAUCCAGCAUAUUCUGAUUUACAAUAGUUGUCUGCUUCUUACCAUCUAUGCCAAGUGGAAGAAACCUCAGCCCUGGAGUGCCACAAAAUAUGUUCCAUGGAAGGUCUUCAUGGCAACCAAAUUUUUACCACACUGAUGCAGGCGCUUAUGUGCUGGAGACAGCCUUAGGCAUAUUAUCAUGUAUAUGAAUUUAGGGCCUAGAGAGAAAUAGGCGAUCACACACACGUUUGUUUAGGAGGGAACAGGAAUCGUAAAGCCAGUACUGGCUAGCAAACGGUUAUUGUGUAUGCUCUGGUCAGUUAUCUGAUCCAUCUUGUCGGCCAUUGUAUGAACCCCAGAAAAAAAAAAAAGCAUUAACUUCCACCCAUUUCUGACGGAUACCGAUUUGUGUGGCUGACCCCUUACGGUGCACAUUUCACACUGGCCUCGAGACUGCUGAUGUGGGACUGGUCAAGACUUUGAAAUGGAAAAAAAAAAAACGUUCCGUCCCCACUUGGAAAUACCUCUUGGCUUUUACCAUGACCAGGUUCUCUCACCUCUGGUCUGUUCUGAAAAUCAAACGCGACACGAUCUUCAGAGGGGAGGUUUUACAGAGAAGCCACAGUCUUCAGAUUGUGCAUGUUUACAUUUGGAUGCAGCCCAUUUGAGCCACUGUACAUAUUUCACUUUGCUUGAGGUUUGACGGACGGCUGCAACACUAAUGCAAUCACGACGGUGCAAUCGCUUCGGGGAAAUCAGACGCUCACCUUCCAGCAUUAUUCAAGAUACGUAGGGAUUCACGUUUCUAGUCCUGUGCUUAUUUCCUUCCUGCCUUGUUUUCCCCCCCCACACGACUUGGCGAAGGGUGUUGUUUGAGACUCACUGUCACUGGAUGCCUGGAGUUUAAAUGGUGCUACAUGUGGUGUUUAUUUUAUACUUGUCUUUUUGCAGAAAAGCUUGUAAUAAAGGUCUAGUGUCACUAGAACAAUAAACGUUUUGCUCAUAAAUUGUGAAAUUUGUUCUUUUUUGGUGUAGUUUUUGUGAAGGUUAUGUAAUGGCGCAAGUGCGAAAACAUUCCCGUUAGAACUGGUCCUUUAUUGAGUCAUACAAGUAAAAGGUUUACAUGCAGUACAAGCAAGCUCGCAUGUACACACAUGCACGCAUACACAUAGAAAAAG